AUGUCACAUUCAGAAGAAUCUAAUACAAUAGAUAAUGGAAGUGUUGAUUCAGAAAAAGUAACAUCUUAUGGUGAUGCUUUCGAAAAUCAACAACAUCAACGUACAGAUCCAAAUGAACAAGAAUUAAAAAGAAUACAAACCCGUAAAGAAAAUUUAUCAAGAAUAGUUACUGAUUUACAAGAAGGUGCUGGUGUAUUGGGUCCAUUAGAAGAACCUUAUGAUAUUAAAAAAAUAGAAACUCAUCCUGAUCCAAAUUCUACUUUCAAUGACAUGGAUCCUUGGAGAUACCCAGUUGAUGAAGGUACUGGUUUAAGAAUUGUUGAAUGGGUUGAUCAUGAUGUAAAUAAUCCAAAGAAUUGGAGUAAUACUAUAAAAUGGGUAUACACUGGGUUGUUGGGUGCUAUUUGUUUCGUUGUUGCUUUGGGUUCAGCUAUAGUAACUGGUGACAUAGGAGGUCAAGCAAAACAUUUCAAAGUUUCGGAAGAAGUUAUUAUUUUAUCUACUGUUACUGUUUUUGUUAUUGGAUUUGGUGUUGGUCCAUUAGUCUUUGCUCCAAUAUCGGAAGAAAUAGGUAGAAAACCCAUUUAUGCUGUUACAUUAUUCGUUGGAGUUAUUUUUAUUAUACCAUGUGGUGCAGCAAGAAAUAUUGGUACAUUAUUAGUAUGUCGUUUAAUUGAUGGAAUUUCAUUCAGUGCACCAAUGUGUUUAAUUGGAGGUUCAUUAGCAGAUAUGUGGGAAGGUCCACAAAGAGGUGUUGCAAUGGCUAUUUUUUCAGCUGCACCAUUCUUAGGACCAGUAUGUGGUCCAAUUUUUGGUGGACUUUUAGGUGAUUUUACAUCAACUUGGAGAUGGAUUUAUUGGACUUUUUUGAUAGUUGCUGGUGUUUUUUAUGCUGUAUUUAUUGUUUUCGUACCUGAAACUCAUCAUGGUACAUUAUUAAGCAAAAGAGCAAGUAAAUUGAGAAAAGAUACUGGGGAUAAAACUUACAAGGCAUUUAAUGAAAUUGAAGAAAGAGAUUUUAAAGAAGUUGCCAAAACUUCAUUAUUAAGACCAUUUAUAUUAUUAAGUGAAUUAAUUGUAUUUUUAAUGACCAUAUAUAUGGCUAUUGUUUAUGGUUUAUUAUAUAUGUUCUUCUUUGCUUACCCUGUUGUUUACAUGGAAGGUAAAGGUUGGUCAGCUUCCAAAACCGGUAUUAUGUUUAUUCCAAUUGGUGUUGGUGUUUUAAUUGCAACUGUAUUAGCACCUUUCUUUAAUUCUGAUUAUAAUAGAAGAGCUCAAAAAUAUAGAGAUAGAGGAGAAUUACCACCAGCAGAGUUAAGAUUAAUUCCAAUGAUGAUUUCAUGUUGGUUUGUACCUAUUGGAUUAUUUAUUUUCGCUUGGUCAUCAUAUCCUCAUGUUUCUUGGGCUGGACCAUGUUUUGCAGGUUUAGCAGCUGGAUUUGGGUUCUGUUGUUUAUAUAAUCCAGCAAAUAAUUAUAUAGUUGAUUCAUAUCAACAUUAUGCUGCAAGUGCAUUAGCUGCUAAAACUUUCGUUAGAUCAAUAUGGGGAGCAACAGUACCAUUAUUUACAAUUCAAAUGUAUCAUAGAUUAGGUUACCAAUGGGCAAGUUCAUUAAUGGCAUUCAUAUCGUUAGCUUGUUGUUUAAUCCCAUAUGCGUUUUUCUUUUAUGGUGCAAGAGUUAGAGCUUUUUCAAAAUACGCUUAUUCACCAAAAAUGGACGCACAUAAUAAAGUAGAUCUUGAACAAAUGCAAGAUUUUGGCCAUUAA